AUGAAAGAAGAUUUCAACUCAUCCUCUGAAUCACGACUGAAUCUAGAAACGCAUCCAAAUUAUGCAAAAUAUUCUCGAGAAUUACAGGAUGGAUGGAUAUUUGGUCGUAAAGUGGAUAAUAGCGACAUGCAAUUUUCUGAAUUCCGAGAUAAUUUUCCCUUGCUAGCAUUAGCCUUGGGGCUAUAUUUAGUGUUGAGUCAUUUGUUUAGAAUUCUUUAUUCAUCAAAACUUCCCACCAAGCUUGCCACCCAACCUCUUAGAAGGGCAUACUUUUUCUUGGCGUUUUCGACAAUCUUCCUUUACGUGUUAUUUGGGAAUAGCAUAAUCUUCAUAUUUAUCAUAUUGAGCCUGAAUUACGCUAUUUCUCGAAUCUUUCGAGGUUCUCGUGCGAACCCCAUAAUCACUUGGAUAUUUAACCUGUUUGUAUUGUUUUUAAAUGAAGCAUUUAAAGGAUAUCAUUUUAAGAGUAUAGACGAACGUUUGGCGUUCUUGCUAAGAUAUCCCUGUGAAAUCACCCUGAAGGAAGUACUCUUAUAUGGGGUCAGACUUUUGUUGGCAAUACUCACCAUGGAAUUCAUGCUUCACUAUGUAUAUGCCGUUGCCAUCAGUAACACAAAAGCAUGGGAAAAUGAUACACCUUUCGAAUUGGGUGUAAUUGGAAUAUUCAAUUUGUUGUAUGUUUGGUUAAAG